AUGGGGCCUGACCUGGGGCUCUGGGUGCCACCAUUUCCCUGGGAACAGGCUGUGCAGGGAGGGACGCCUGAGGGCAUCGCUGGGACUACCCGAGGAGGGCAAGGGGCAGGAGAGCGGAAGGGGCUUCCCGGAGUCGGUUCAGACAAGCGAGGCGCUGAGCAGGGGGCGCGCACACUGGGGAGCCCUCCGGACACCCAGAAAUGCUGCAGCCAGGACCGCAGGAGGCAGCGGGCUCCCCCCAGGGGCAGUGGGCAGCCUGGCCUGGAAAGCCGCAGGGAGGGGCCGAGCUUGAGGUCCGGCAGGGCAAGAGCCGGGCCGACCUCGCCGUGCGGGGCCGCGGUGCGCCCCGCUUCUGCGGAGGAAAAACGCGCGCACAGCACAGCGCGGCGACGCCUCGGGCACCCCGAAGGCUCGGGGGCGGGACGAGGAGCCCGAGAGCCGCCGCCUCCCACCCCGCGCGGGCGGCGCGGACAGUCCAGCGGGCCGCCCGCCCCCGCCAGCCCCGCGGGUCCAGGAGCAGGGGCCCCCGGCCUGCAUGGCGGGGAGGCCGGCCGGUCCUCACUGACCACCGCCCGUCGGGGAAGUCGCGGCCGGGGGCGCAGCGGGGCCACCACGGGGAACCGGGACCCGGGGCCGUGCGAAAGCCAGAACCCUCUCAAGUCCAGGCCACCGCCGCUUUCCGCUGAUAUACGCGCGGGCGCCAGCAUACGCUCGGCGCAGGCGCAUCGGCGCGCAGCGCGAUGGGCGUGGUGUGGUCGGCGCGGCGAUGGCUGCCCGAGGCUAUCCGAGCAGCGGAGUCCUCGGUCCUUCUCAGCGCCCGGCUUCCUGACGCGGCCACUGGGCGGGAUCCCUUGGGCCGCCUCUGCCGCUGUCAUGUAUCCGCCGGCGCCGCCGGCGCCGCCUCGGGACUUCAUCUCGGUGACGCUGAGCCCCGGGCAGGGCUACGACGGCAGCAAGACCUGGCGGCGGCGCUCGUGCUGGAGGAAAUGGAAGCAACUGUCGAGAUUACAGCGGAACGUGAUCCUCUUCCUCCUCGCGUUUCUGGUGCUCUGCGGGCUCCUGUCCUACAUCAGCGUGGCUGACCCGUGGAAAGCCCCGAAUGGCAGGUCAGCGGAAGAGCAGAAGAUGAGACCAGCAAAUCCACCAGUCUUACCAGCUCCUCAGAAGGCAGAUGUUAACCCAGAACACUUCCCGGGGUUCUUACCUAAGAAGCCUCAAAGGCAUUUCCGACGGGGACCACCCAACCUGCAGAUUAGAGCCCCCGGUAAAGACUCGAAGGGCAUGAGGCAGGAUGACGCCCAGAGGAGGGAAGAGGCCGUGGGUGCUGCUCGCCAGGAAGAAAACACCCAGAGAACAAUCAUUAGCUGGAGGGGAGCAGUGAUCGAGCCAGAGCAGGGCACUGAACUCCCUUCCAGAAAGGCAGACGCCCCCACCAAGCCUUCCUCGCAGGCCGCCAGGAUUCAGAACCAACCAGCCUCCCCGAACGAGCGCCAGCAGGCCGUGAUCGAGGCCUUCCGCCACGCUUGGACCGGAUACCGCAAGUUCGCCUGGGGCCACGACGAGCUGAAGCCUGUGUCCCGGUCCUUCAGUGAGUGGUUUGGCCUCGGCCUCACUCUGAUUGAUGCCCUGGACACCAUGUGGAUUUUGGGUCUGAAAAAAGAUUUUGAAGAAGCCAGGAAGUGGGUCUCCAACAAGUUAGUGUUUCAAAAAGACGUGGACGUGAACCUGUUUGAGAGCACAAUCCGCAUCCUGGGGGGGCUCCUGAGUGCCUACCACCUGUCUGGGGACGACCUCUUCCUGAAGAAAGCCGAAGAUUUUGGAAAUCGCCUAAUGCCUGCGUUCCAGACGCCCUCCAAGAUUCCGUACUCCGAUGUGAACAUCGGCACUGGAGUGGCCCACCCGCCCCGCUGGACCUCUGACAGCACGGUGGCCGAGGUGACGAGCAUUCAGCUGGAGUUCCGAGAGCUCUCUCGUCUCACGGGAGUAAAGAAAUUUCAGGAUGCUGCAGAGGAGGUGAUGAGGCACAUCCACUCCCUGUCUGGGAAGAAGGAUGGGCUGGUGCCCAUGUUCAUCAACACGCACAGCGGCCUCUUCACCCACAUGGGAGUGUUCACCUUGGGCGCCAGGGCCGACAGCUACUAUGAGUACCUGCUGAAGCAGUGGAUCCAGGGCGGGAAGAAGGAGACGCAGUUACGGGAAGACUACCUUGAAGCCGUCGAGGGAAUCAAGAGGCACCUGCUGCGCAAAUCCGAACCCGGGAAGCUCACCUUUGUGGGUGAGCUCGCCCAUGGCCGCUUCAGCCCCAAGAUGGACCACCUGGUGUGCUUCCUGCCAGGGACGCUGGCCCUGGGCGCCCACCACGGCCUGCCCGCCGACCACAUGGAGCUGGCCCGGGCCCUCAUGGACACCUGCUACCAGAUGAACCGUCAGAUGGAGACAGGGCUGAGCCCCGAAAUCGUACACUUCAACCUGUACCCCCAGAAGGCCCAAAAGGAUGUGCAGGUCAAGCCGGCCGACAGGCACAACCUGCUACGGCCCGAGACGGUGGAGAGCCUGUUCUACCUGUACCGCUUCACGGGGGACCGCAAGUACCAGGACUGGGGCUGGGAGCUCCUGCAGAGCUUCAACACGUACACGCGGGUCCCCUCGGGCGGCUAUUCUUCCAUCAGCAACGUCCGGGAUCCCCGCAGUCCGCAGCCCAGGGACAAGAUGGAGAGCUUCUUCCUGGGGGAGACACUCAAGUACCUGUACCUGCUCUUCUCUGACGACCCGGACCUGCUCAGCCUGGACGCCUACGUGUUCAACACCGAGGCUCACCCACUGCCCAUCUGGGCCCCUGCCUAGGCGGGAUGACUCCUGAGUGGGCACCGCCCGGGGGUCUGACACGUCCUGUCGUCGAGGGCGCCUGUCAGCAGGACCUGGCCCUGGGAGAUCCACCUCCUUUGACCUUGGCCGUGUGGUGUCCACCCAGCUGGCUGGACGUGCUCCAAGCCAGGCUGAUGAUGGAGGCCGGUGUGUGACGGGCCCGGGACGUCUGGGGGCCUCAUGAGGUGCUCGGGGUGGCCGCUGGGCAGCAGGUGGUCCUCCGCUGGCUCUGGGCUCCUUGUCUGUGGCUCUUAUCAGGACACUGUUAGGAACAAGUCAGAAGAAAUCAGUGCUGAGAUUCAGGUGGUCCUGUCCUGGGAGAGCCUCCUUCCUUCUUCCUGAGGAAACUCGAAUCGUGACUUACAUUCCUGGAACCUGGACGUCCUCCCGUCACCCGACACAGGGGCUUCGUGGGGGUCCUGGGGCCUCUGGUUGCCUCCUGGGGCUGCUGUGGGUCCCCGGAGCCCAUGUUCUGUUCUGAGACGAGCUGAGGGGACGGCCAGGAUGCAGCUCGGCCUUGGGGUGUCAGAGCCUGUGAACGUACCCUGACCCGAGGGUCUCGGGCGUCUGUGAUCUCAUGGGCGUUUUGGCUCCUGGCCGGCUUGGUGUUUACACGUUGGACUCAGGGAUCCUCCCCCCAUUGCAAGGGCUGGGAGGGGCUGGGGAGCAAGUUCGUCCUGCUCCCCACCCACCCCGAUAGAAUGGACUUCUCAAUCGGGAUAAAGUAGAUUUGCUCUAACUGUGGUGUU